AUUGCUAUAAGUCAAAAUAUAGGGUAGUCGGGCGGUUCACUCCGUGGUGCAGUGGCCGGUGCGUGCUAUUCGAAUUAUUUAUUAAGUGACAGUGCGCGGCGCGGGCCCAUGCAAAUGCUACCAGUGCCUUGGUAGAGUAUUAUAGAGUCAAACAGAGACUUAGUGUGAUAACAUGGGGUGCAGUGCGAGAUACUGUUUACUGACUCUGUCCUUGUGCCUAGUGACUGAAUAUGCGAUCGGUGUCAGAGUGGUGCCCAAAAGGAAGAAAGAAGCGAUAAACGUUCCAGACGACCAAUCAACAUCAGCAUCAUGGUGGCAAGCCGGCACAGCGACUCCCUUCAGAGAGGCUUCCAGCAGUAGUAGCUCCUUCUCCUCCACCCACGGCAUCGUGCAGACACACCCGUCUAUAAACGAUCCAUUCUCAUCCUUCGGCAGCAUUGGAAGUACCUCAGGACCAUCGCCAAACCCUUACGCGAGCGGCAGCGGUCCGCUCAGUGGCGGUAUCAGGAACAACCCCCUGCCGCCUCUGGCUAGGUCAGCGAAUGGAAAGACUACCUUGAAGCAUCUGGAUUUCACCAGCAGUGCCACAGCUGAAUUGAGGAGGAAUCCAGCACUUUCCGCCCCCGAUGAGUGCGCGAGGGCUUGCAGAGAAAAUGAGCCCCCAAGGAUUUGCUACUACCAUUUCACACUUGAGUUGUACAACGUUUUGGGAGCUGCCUGUCAAGUAUGCACACCGAACGCUACCAACGUCGUCUGGUCUCACUGCCAAUGUGUGUUGGCCGACGGAGUGGAGCGUGGUAUCCUCACAGCCAACAGAAUGUUGCCCGGUCCUUCCAUCCAAGUCUGCGAGAACGACAAGGUCGUCAUCGACGUAGAAAACCACAUGGAAGGCAUGGAAGUCACUAUUCACUGGCACGGAAUCACCCAGAGAGGAUCGCAGUACUACGAUGGAGUGCCUUUCGUAACCCAGUGCCCUAUUCAACAAGGCAACACUUUCAGAUACCAAUGGCAAGGUAACGCUGGUACCCACUUCUGGCACGCCCACACCGGUCUCCAGAAACUCGACGGUAUUUACGGCAGCAUCGUUGUUCGUCAGCCGCCAUCCAAGGACCCCAACAGUCACUUGUACGACUACGAUUUGACUACUCAUGUGAUGCUGAUCAGUGACUGGCUCCACGAAGAUGCUGCUGAGAGAUACCCCGGUCGCCUCGCUGUCAACACUGGACAGGACCCAGAGUCUGUGCUCAUCAAUGGAAAAGGACAGUUCAGAGACCCCAACACUGGCUUCAUGACAAACACUCCUCUUGAAGUGUUCACCAUCACGCCUGGUAGAAGAUACAGAUUCAGAAUGAUCAACGCUUUCGCGUCUGUGUGCCCAGCUCAGGUCACUUUCGAAGGCCACAACCUUACGGUUAUUGCAACUGACGGUGAACCAGUCCAACCUGUACAAGUUAACACCAUCAUCUCAUUCUCAGGCGAACGAUACGACUUUGUGAUCGAAGCGAACAACAUUCCUGGAGCGUACUGGAUUCAAGUGCGCGGUCUAGGCGAGUGCGGUACCAAGAGAGCCCAACAGCUGGGUAUUCUACGAUACGCCCGAGGUCCUUAUCAACCCUCUUCGCAACCUCCCACCUACGACGUCGGCGUCCCUCAGGGAGUGGUGAUGAACCCAUUGGACGCGAGAUGUAACCAACCCAGAAACGACGCGGUUUGCGUCAGUCAGCUGAAGAAUGCCAAGAACAUUGACCCCGCGAUCCUCCAGGAGAGACCUGAUGUUAAAAUUUUCCUGCCUUUCCGUUUCUUCGUGUACAGGCCAGAGAUGUUGUUCCAGCCCAAUACUUACAACAGAUAUUUGGUUGCCCCACAAGGAGACCACGUGAUCAGUUUGAUCGAUGAAAUUUCGUACAUGUCCCCCCCUGCUCCUCUGAUCAGUCAGUACGAUGACGUCAACCCUGAACAGUUCUGCAACGGAGACAACAGACCCGCUGACUGUGGUCAGAACUGCAUGUGCACACACAAAGUCGAUAUUCCUCUAAACGCAGUCGUGGAAAUUGUACUUGUAGAUGAAGUUCAAAUCGCGAACUUGUCCCAUCCGUUCCACUUGCACGGAUAUUCUUACAACGUGAUCGGUAUCGGGCGGUCGCCCGACCAGAACGUCAAGAAGAUCAAUUUGAAGCACGCUCUCGACCUCGACAGGAGAGGUCUGCUCGAGCGUCAUCUUAAACAAGGAGAUUUGCCCCCGUCUAAGGACACCAUCGCCGUGCCCAACAACGGCUAUGUCAUCCUCCGUUUCCGCGCCACCAACCCUGGAUUCUGGCUGCUUCACUGCCACUUCUUGUUCCACAUCGUGAUUGGCAUGAGCCUCGUGCUGCAAGUGGGCACCCAAGCCGACCUCCCUCCCGUGCCCCCCAACUUCCCCACGUGCGGAGACCACCUCCCCCCUAUCCCGCUCCACUAAAUCGGUUCCUAAAAUCUUCAAUGCAUGAAUUCGAACAGCAGUUGAAUUAUUAUGUUAACUAAGUGUAAAUUUAUGUUUGUUUUGUGUGAUGUGUGCGGUGGAUUCGAAGUGCUCGAUUCUGCCGCUGUGUUACUUUGUACUCGAAUGAUUCAACGAGAGAUAACGACGGUUUGUGAUUUAUUUAACGGUGAUACUGUCUCUUGUGUUGAUUUUAGUUUCAAUUUUUGCCAUAUUCGGUACUUUCUCGUGAUUAUUUUGAGGCUCUUAAACCAACAGCGUCUUCUUCACCCAAUGGGUAUUUCAUUCAUUGAACGCGUUCGUUCUGUAACUAACAACUUGCCAUUAUAAUUUUCACCAAGGAUAUUUAUUACGUGUAUAUAUUUAAAACUUACUUAUUAUAUAGAUGUAGAUGUUUAAGAAUUUUCGCCCAGAUACUAACCUACGAUGCAUGCGAUACAAUAUGUAAGAGAUGUAAAUAAUUUGACAACUGCAAUACUUGUAAAUACACGUAGUUUGAAUACAACAUACCACACAUUCACGAUCGAUGAAGACUGCAUAUUACUAUAUCUAUAAAAUAGGUAUACAACAAAUGUUACCAGGUUCAUGUUACCAAUUACUUUAAGCAAAUAAACUUAUUUUUCUGUGAGUAUUGCGUAGCAACAAUGCCAAGAAGAAAAUAACAUACUGGAUAAAACGCAUUGGCGAACCCUAGUCUCCAGAAUCAUCGUCAUUUAUUUAUCAGUGCCUAAUUGAUUAUCAAAUAUUAAUUAUGUCUGAAUAUCAAAUAGCGUAAUCAUACCCCAUUGCUCCAACGCAAUGAAAUAUAG